AUGGGCAAGGGACUCAAGAAGCACCAGAAGCGCCUUAGCGCGCCUUCGCACUGGCUCCUGGACAAGCUGUCCGGAACCUACGCGCCCCGCCCCUCGGCCGGUCCUCACAAGCUCCGCGACUGCCUGCCGCUCAUCGUCUUCCUGCGCAACCGCCUCAAGUACGCGCUCAACUUCCGCGAGACCAAGUCCAUCAUGAUGCAGCGCCUCAUCAAGGUCGACGGCAAGAUCCGCACCGACAUCACCUACCCCGCCGGCUUCAUGGAUGUCAUCACCAUCGAGAAGACGGGCGAGAACUUCCGUCUCAUCUACGACACCAAGGGCCGCUUCACUGUCCACCGCAUCCAGGCCGAGGAGGCCGAGUACAAGCUCGGCAAGGUCAAGCGCGUCCAGCUCGGCCGCGGUGGAAUCCCAUUCUUGGUCACGCACGAUGCGAGAACCAUCCGCUACCCUGACCCCCUCAUCAAGGUCAACGACACGGUCAAGAUUGACCUCAAGACUGGUAAGAUCCAGGACUUCAUCAAGUUCGACACUGGCUCCAUCGCCAUGGUCACUGGUGGUCGCAACAUGGGUCGUGUCGGUGUCAUCACCCACCGUGAGCGCCACGAUGGAGGUUUCAACAUCGUCCACAUCAAGGACGCCAUUGACAACACCUUCGCCACCCGCGAGUCCAACGUCUUCGUCAUCGGCUCUGAGAAGCCCUGGAUCUCCCUGCCCAAGGGCAAGGGUGUCAAGCUCACCAUCGCCGAGGAGCGUGACCGCCGCCGCGCCAACGCCCUUGCCGGCAACUAA